AUGCGUGUGCUUUACGGCGCUGCGUACGCAAGGCAGCGGCUGGCACUGGCGAGGCGGGUUCAACGCCGUGAGGUGUCACGUGAAGUGGUGCUCGCACGAUGGAAUGCUCGUCCCAUAGACCCGAAGGACGACAACGCGACUGGUGUAGUGGGCAAAGGUAUGAAGUUUGCAUCUUCCAUUAUUGGGGGUGGCGGCGGUGCGUGGGGAAAACCCCGUGCGAGUGUUGCUUCGACGAUUGCGGAUGUCAGUUGGGAUCUUUGUGAGCGUCUGGACUUCUACGUGCAGUACAGUGUGCCUUCCAACUGGUUGGUAGCGGAACGAGUUGGCGAGAAUAGCAUUGCGAUUCAAUGUAGACCACCGCUGACUGGCUGCGGCGCGGAGCAGCCAACGGCCCACGGUUUUUCGCUUAAUUGUUUUGCCUACAAACAGAAGGUGAAGGAGCCGAACAGUGAAAAGCUUCUCCAUCUGUUUUUGCAGCGAUUUAAUGCGUCCGUCUCCAACUCCCUGGAGGUUGUUUCGGAGUCCUCCGGGCGCAGCGGCGUUGCCGCGGGUGCCGAUUCUUCUGCGCGUAGCAUCAGCGAGUCCCUGGCGAGUCGACUGAACUGCGCCGUGGCGGAAAUAACUUUUACGCCCGCCGCUGGGGAGCCCUUGGCCCAUGGACUCUGUCGGGCAUUCUACAACUCGAACCACAAAUUUCACUACAUUGCUGUUGUUGCGGUGCCAGGUGAUGAGUUUGAGGUGUCAAAGGACCUUCUCACACACGCGUUGCUGGCGGUCGUGGAGGGACGGGUGGAGGCAGCGGCAAAACGCACUUAA